GUGACGGGCGCGUGUGACCUUGGGCGCUGCCCCGGCACCUGCCUCGGCUCCUGCCGAGGCUUUGGCUUCCCGCCGCUCCCGGAGCUGUUUUUAGCGCCGGGUCUCUGCGGCGCCGCCAGGCUCCGGCUGUCCCCGCUCCCCGCAGGGCGCUGGGGUCGGAGCUCCCGGCCGGGACCGGGGUCCCCCCCCCGUCCCCAAGGGGGGCCAUGAUCGCCGUGUCCAUCUCCGCGGCGGAGGCGCAGGCGGCAGCGCGCAGCCCCGACAGGGCGCACACGGUGUUCCGGGUGGAGGUGCUGUGCAAUGGUCGGCGGCACACGGUUGUGAAGCGCUACAGCGAGUUCCAGGCGCUGCACAAACGGAUCAAGAAGACCUGCAAGGUCCCUGACUUCCCCCCACGGCAUGUCCCCAACUGGAUGCCCAAAGUGCUGGAGCAGCGCCGGCAGGGCCUGGAGCUUUACAUCCGGGGUGUCCUGUACCACAACGAGGAGCUGCCCCAGGACGUGCUGGACUUCCUGAAGCUGCGGCGCUGCCAGCAGGACCCCAAGGCCAGCAGCUCCCCCAGCACCGGCCGCCCGCCCUCCCAGCGCCCUGUUGUUGGCUUCUGCACUGACCCCUAUGCACAGCCUCCAGGCACCCAGCCGCUCCCUGACACCGUCCUCAGUGGGGUGCUGCAGGGCCUCUACCUCCCCCCGAGCUGCACCCCCAGUCAGGCAGCGCCCUGUGCACACACCCCCCACCCCCAGCACCUGGGGCCGCAGUGGUGAGCACCUGGGCAGUGGACAUCCCCACUGCAGAAAUAACUCCUUCCUGCUGGGAUGGGGCAGGAAAAUGGGAGAAGCCAAGGGGGCCAGUGGGAGCCACAGCUGCUCAUCAACCACCAUCCAACGUGCCUUCACUGGGACCUCUCCUUCCACCCCGCUGAUUUGGGGUUGGGGUAGGAGCCUUUGGACCCUGAAUGGCGUUGGGAAAACCCCUUGGCAUCCGGGCAAUAAAUCACUUGGAGUUGACUGACAAAA